AUGUUUUUUGUAUGUUUAUGGCCAACUGGCAGAAUUCUUGUUGGCGCAAUUGGCGGAUUCUCAUUAUCAAUGUUUGCAUUAUCAACAAAAACUGACGGUUUAUUCACAAAUCAAAUAGCACGUUAUUCCUGGAUUGGGGCUUUUACUAUAACCUUUGCUGCAUUAGCCGGUCUGAAAAAUUAUUAUCAGUAUGUGGCAAUCAUAUCAACCGUUGCAACUGGUUGUUAUUGUUUAUUACUUGGCACUGAUAUUUUUGUUCGUGCUGCUAUAAAUAUUGAAAACCAUUUAUACUUAUUUCCACGAAAUAAAUUAGCCGUGCCUGAAGACAAUAAAACUAUCCCCGGUGGAGAUAAUUCUUCGCCAUUUCUUUCAUUGCCAGUUUCUUGCGGUAUUGUAGUUGUUGAUAUUCCUUGUGUUUUUACUGAAGGUAUUGUAAAUGAGUCUAACCAACAAUCUAUUCCAGAGCAAACACAAUAUCAAACUUACUCUACAGAAACAACUAGCAGAAAUCCAGGAGUUAUUACUUGUGAAAAUGAUGCAAAAGCCUUUACUAAAUGUUUAGAACAAAAUAAUCAUGAUACUAGUCUUUGUCAAUGGUAUUUGGAAAACUUAAUAAAUUGUCAACAAAUGGCUUCAAAAUAUUAG